AAGAAGAAGUAACUAGCAGCCAGAUCAGAGUCGAGCAACGUUACAAGUGUAGGAGGGAAACUAUAACGUAAGCUAACCGUGGAUGCCACGAUAAACGGAUAUUUUUUAAGCAAAGGCCACAUUGAAGAGGCAAACAUGAGCGGUUUUACCAGACCCGACAGACACAGGACACCGUCAUUCACCCGGGCAACACACCUUGGAGCAUCCAAGUCUGACCUAGAGAGAGAUUCAGGCUUCUCAGAUGCCAGCUCUGAGUACCUCAGUGCAGUUGAUCUGACUGACUCUGAAGAUGCAGGAAGGAAUGGGUCGAUAGUCGGCCAGGACCCAGCUGGUCCGCAGGUGGCUGUGAUGGGCGGCUCAUAUGCUGGACUCUCUCCAAUGAUCAUCAUGAAUAACUUUGUCUUAAAGCAGCCUUCCCAGAUGGCUCCAGCAGAGAAACAGUGGGGCUUUCCUUCACCAUUGGAAGUGAUGCCCCAGUCACAGGUGGUUCUUCUUCAACCCAUGGUAUCAAAUGGUAGCAACAGCGCUCCAAAGACUGGCUCUGAAAAUGUCCGACAAUCCAAAAGCUACAUGCCCAUCCUCAAGUCAUAUCCCAGAAUCGCCCCACACCCAGCGGACCUGCCCUCUAAGAGGAUGGGAUCCUCCAAGGUGAGGGUGAGUUCAAUGUCAGGAUAUGACCAGCGACAGAGAAGGCACCACCAUAGCCACAGACUCUACAGCUCCCCCAGCCCACAGCCAGCACUGCAGCCUACCGUCAAGCCCAUCUCCAACUUCGAAGCAGCAAACAACCAGUUACAAUCAGCUGAGGGUCAGGAGCAACUCAGUGACAGGUCUCUCUCCCUGCUGGCAGGGACCAGCUCUCUGAUCCCCUACACAGAUGAAUACAGGACAGAUAUUGACAGCAACAGGAUGGAUGUUGACCAGGACGACGCCCUCUCAGUGGACACUAACAAACUGAAACGUUUCAGCAAUACCUACAACAUUCUCAACAAAUCCGGCUUGCUGGGGAUCACCAUGCGCACAAAGCAGCUGAUCAAGGAGAAUAAGCGCACCCAAGGUGAACUGCAGCAGCUUCAGGAGCAGACGGCUCUGCUGCUGGAGGCUCUGAGCAGCGGAGACCCGCAGCUCUGGACUAAACUGCAGCUCUCUCUGCAGCACACAGACAAGGAGCAGUGUGGAGCGAAAGCUCAGAGUGUGCCUACCUAAUAUAUCGAGGGACAUGACCAGCGGUUCUCAAUCAGUGAGUCACAAGAUGAUUUAUUGAAUGUGAAAAUCUUUGUAGUAACAGUUUACUUGGUGUGAAACAGUAUUUAUAGCAUUAUAACUAAACAAACAAUAAUUUUAAACUAAACAAAACUAUAAACUUUCAUGCUUUUAUCAGGACAGCACAAAUCAUCUCAAUAUUCAGAACUGCUGGUCUGGCGUAAAGCCGAAGCACACGGUAAUAGGGAGUGGCAGUUAAGAAGCAUGCUUACAUCUAAAACCCUUGCCUAUAAUGAAUUUUCUUGCCUCUGCUAUUUCAAAAUCGCAAGUAUGACUUGCAAUAGGGCUAUGGCUUCUAUAUGUUGAACUCCUAAUUGCAUAACGCAUGUAUACAUCACAUGUGAGGGCACAUGGGGUUAACUCCUCAUACAUUCCCUGAAUGUGACGGCUUCAGAGAAAAUGGAAGCAAAAGUUUUACUUUAUGAAUCAAAUAGAAAACCUGGUGUGGAUAUAUGUAGCCUGUGAUUCAGUUUCCUUGUUACUGAGAUCUUGGAUUGACAGGACAGUGUCUUGUCCAUUUUUUAAAAUAUACUUUGUUUUUAUAUCGGUUCAUAAAUGAAAGUGGAUGAGAAGAUGCCUCUUUUGUGAAGAAGUGUAAAUACGAACAUCUUCUCUUCUGAAACAGCAGCUGGGUAGCUCACAGUCAGAGUUCAGAGCGCUGGCACAACCGUAACAUUUUGUUUGUUUUUUGUAAUUUCUGACUUGGUGUCAGUAUUAUUUAUUUGUAAUAAUGUUCCUGACCAAGACUAAAGCUGUGUGAAUAAUACAAACAAAUCAGGCACAUAUAACAAGUUUGCCAAUUCACUGGUGAAGCAAGUUCCUUUUUUUUUUUUUUAAAGAUAUCUUUUAGGAACUACGUAAGCAUUUGCAAGAGCUUAAACUGUAGCAAGUGAAGUGCUGUAGCCUAUAUUUUUCUCUUGACUUUGCAUAUGUUGCUGCCAUGUUCAUUUCUGCUGUUUCAGCUUAGUGUCACGUGUUAAUUAAAAAUUCAAGGAACUCAAGGCAGAGAAAUGACAGCUAGUUUAAUAUUACAGACUCUUGCACUUUAGAUUUAAGAUUACCGACACCUUUUUUAGACAGAUGUUACAACUUGUAGCUAUCCUGAAAUGAGUGUUCUGUUUCAAUGAAACAAUGUGAAUAUAAAUGUUAAUCUGGAUGCCUGUGCCUUUUUGAAUAUGUUCAUGUUUGCACCUUAUGUCGAUGCUUCAGCAGCUUAGAUUGUGAGCUUCAUGUAGAAGAAAGUUAAAUGUCCUCAAAGGUCUCCAAAGAGUUAAUAUUCUUCUCUGAAACAAAAUUUGGAAAAAAUAACAAGACAAGUUAAGAUUAAAAUGGUUCUGUUUUACAUGUUUAGGUUAACUGUUGUAUUAUUUAUUUUAGUAACAAUAUGCUACUGUUACAUUAUUUUCUUAUCGUUAAUAGUUAUUAAACUAAGAAAUAAUCCUAAUAGCCUUGGUUUUAAAAAAAGGGGUUACAGACGUUAUUUAAGAUUACUUUUCAGAGAUUGUUGUUUUCCUGUUAUUGUGAAAAGCGCUUUCUGUGUCAUUUCUUUAGCAAAUGUCACUUUGACUAAUAAUGAACUGUCAUAAAACUCUGU